AAAGUCCAACACGCAAUUUGACUCUUCAACUUGUUUAUUACAUCCAUUAAAGCCUCCAUAAGGAGCAUUUCCUGUCACAUUAUCUGAAGAAAAUCCCUUGAAAAGUUUGGUAAUCUGUCUUGCUUCUGUUUGUUUUUGGUCACUUUGGUAUCAAUUGAGGAUCGAUAUAUUUGUGUUGGGAUAGUAACAAGAGGAGGAGGUAAGGGAUGGCGAUGGAAACGGUAAUGGAGGAUGAAGAGGAGUACAGUUGGAGAGAGGUUAAGCUGCCGUCGUUGAUACCUAUUGUAGGAGAGCCGGAGCUGGAAAGAGAAACGGGAGAGAGGAGGAGAGGGAGAAACAUACUGGUAGCCGUCGAUCAUGGCCCUAACAGCAAGCACGCCUUCGACUGGGCUCUCGUCCACCUCUGCAGGCUUGCCGACACUCUCCACCUCGUUCAUGUCGUCUCCAGUGUGAAGAACGAAAUUGUUUACGAGACAUCCAGGGGCCUUAUGGAGAAAUUGGCGGUGGAGGCGUUCCAAGUUUCCAUGGUGCGGUCGGUGGCUAGAAUCGUGGAAGGAGAUCCGGGCAAGGCGAUUUGUAAGGAAGCCGAGAGGUUGAAGCCGGGCGCAGUUGUUAUGGGCACCCGAGGCAGGAGUUUAAUCCAAAGUGUGCUGCAGGGAAGCGUCAGCGAGUAUUGCUUCCACAACUGUAAAUCAGCUCCUAUUAUAAUUGUUCCUGGUAAAGAGGUCGGAGAGGAAUCGGUCAUUUGAUCUAUUGAAGCUUGGAAACUUUCUUCGACAAGUAAUGCAUGCUUUUGGUCGCCAGAAGCCUAUAACAGUUUGCCAGAUCUUUCUCUCUCUAUAUAUAUUAAGUGUGAUAGUGUGUUUGUCAGAUGUUAAUUUUGUAUGUAUAACAAUUUUUUUUUUAAUUUUUUAUUUGGCACCCAUCGUCCCAUCCCCUUUACCGUGUGGUGUCACCAUGACCUAAGGCUUUGUUGGUUUUGGAGUGCAAAUUUCAUUUACACUGUACGAAUUCAUUGGAGUGCAAAUAGGUUGACUGUAAAUUCUACUUUAGUUUUUGUUUUA